AAUUUUUAUAAAUUAGGCCCAGCCCAAUCCAUAUCCGUCAAUGGCUGCUAUAUACUUCUUUCUCUGCCUGCUCCAAACCCUAGCUAGGGUUUCGCCUCCGCUCUGAGAUCUGUAGCCGCCAAGCCGUUGAGUUGGAAAAAGACCAAGUCUCACAAUGAGUAAGCUUCAGAGUGAUGCUUUAAGGGAGGCUAUCACUGGAAUCAUGGGUGAUUCCAAAGAGAAGAACCGAAAGUUUGUGGAGACUAUUGAACUCCAAAUUGGGCUGAAAAACUAUGAUCCCCAAAAGGACAAGCGUUUCAGUGGCUCUGUUAAGUUGCCUCAUAUUCCUCGCCCCAAGAUGAAAAUUUGCAUGCUUGGAGAUGCCCAACACGUUGAGGAGGCAGAGAAGAUAGGAUUGGACUACAUGGAUGUUGAAGCCUUGAAGAAGCUUAACAAAAACAAGAAAUUGGUGAAAAAGCUAGCUAAAAAGUAUCAUGCGUUUUUGGCCUCUGAAGCCGUUAUCAAGCAGAUUCCUCGUCUCUUGGGACCUGGUCUCAACAAGGCAGGGAAGUUCCCCACACUUGUGACUCACCAAGAAUCUUUGGAGUCAAAGGUUAAUGAGACUAAGGCUAUGGUUAAAUUCCAGCUUAAGAAGGUGCUCUGCAUGGGAGUAGCCGUGGGGAAUGUUAGCAUGGAGGAAAAGCAAAUCUUCCAAAAUGUACAACUGAGCGUUAAUUUCCUUGUGUCAUUGUUGAAAAAGAACUGGCAGAAUGUUAGGUGCUUGUAUCUGAAGAGUACCAUGGGGAAAUCAUACCGUGUCUUUUAAGUGUUUGUUCUUAAAUUCAGUGAAUUUCUGAUCGCACUUGAUAUAUUGUCGUGAUAGGUUGGACAGGAUUUUUCAUUGUUCUACAGUUUUGUUGGAUGAGUAUUUUUUGGUUAGUAUUCUGUGUUAUUGACGUGUGUUUCAAGUGCUUUGCAAGAUCGGAUAAUUUAAGCGGUGCUAAUUUUAAGGUACCCGUGUUUUUUAUUUAUACAACAUGCGCAUUGGCCCGUUAA